AUGAAGCUUCUGUUAGCUAUUUUUCUCCACUUCUCGUUUAUAUUGAACUCGAUCUUGGCGGCGGAUCCGACAAUUGAUGUAACUGUCACGACUUCCAAUGGAACUGCUACUAUCAGAGGUGAGUUGAGAGCAAGAUUGGGGUGGAAUUGGGAAAUUCAAGUUUGUUCAUGCUUGAAAUAAUUUCACGCAUAUGUGGUUUUGAGUUGAAGCGUCACAGGUGUCUCGAGAGGGUAUGUAGGUUGAACUUUGGUGCGUUAGAAAUCUGAUUUAUCAUUCUUUUGGUUUGAGGUGGUUUAUCGGAUUAACGAGGGAACAAACACUUUUUGAACUCAUGGUUGAGAAUAAAAUAGUAUCCUGCCCGGCUUGAACAUUCAGAAAAUAGAGAAAUUUGAACUGAACCAUCAUUUUCCGGUUUUUUUGAAGUAUCGACCUGGCCCGGGUUGCAAUUUUGCAAAUAUACCUUACAGUAUUUCUACUACAAAACACGUUUUAGGUUACCAACAUCCUUACGGCACCUCGUUCCGUGGAAUUCGUUACGCUCAGGCGCCACUCGGUAACCUCCGUUUUGCCGAAGCGCAAAGAUUAGACCCAUCCGGUCUAAUUGAAGCACUCGCGUACGGUCGAAUUUGUGUUCAAGGAGAUGGAAAAUCAUCGUCCGAAGACUGCCUCUACAUCAACGUGUUCACGCCGAAUGUACGUGAUGCUAAUCUAAUCAGACACAUCACAUUGAAAAUAGAUAAUCGAAUGAUCAUUUUGAUCGCUCGCUUUUCAGAAUGUGACUCAAUCAUCCAAACUUCCGGUAUACGUAUACAUCCACGGAGGCGGUUUCAUUGAAGGCAGUGGCGAUAUGGGCGCGGGAAUUUAUCCGAAUUUGGUGAACAAGGGACCGAUUGUGAUGGUUUCAAUGAACUACAGAAUGGGACCGUUUGGUAUGAGCAUGCAACUGAAGUUGUACAUAUGUACAUAGAGAUUUCAACAUUUUGAAGGAUUUUUCUCGACUCGUGACGCAUUGGCUCGUGGAAACUGGGCAAUUUCUGAUUGGAUUGAGGGCCUCAAUUGGGUUCAGCGCUACAUUUCAUUUUUCGGAGGAGAUCCGAACCGCGUAACGAUCGGCGGACAAAGUUCUGGCGCCGAAGCAGUUUCCACGCUAACACUUACUCCGCUGGCAAAAUGUACGCUUUGCUCAGAUUUUAUAAAGACAGAAACUAUGUAGUUUUCAGCACUCUACAAGCAGUCGAUACACGAGUCGGGAAGUGCGUUCGGCGCGGCCGUCAUGUCUUAUUCGGAGAAAACAAGAGAUACCAGUAAACAACUGUCCAUAAAAUUGGGAUGUGCGACUAAAGAUCAAUGGGAGAGUGGAACUGAUUUCGGGGUAAAAACAACGGAUUUUUAGAAGUCAUUUUCAGACUUAAGAGAUAAAUUGCCGAUUCGAGAAAACAUUAAAGAUUUUGUCCAAAAAUUUCGAACUUUCAGCCGAUUCUCAACUGCCUGAGAGGUCUGACCCAUGACAAACUCGUAUCUGCCGACCAAUCCCUGCCUAAUCACCGAAUGAAAUGGUCCAUUGUCCAGGACAAAAAGUACCUCGCUCAACGUCUGGAGUACCUUGCACUCCAGCGUGACUCCUCGAAAAACGUCUUGAUUGGUGAUGUCCACGAUGAAUGGCUCGGGUGGGGUAGGUGUUUUCUUUUAACCUCAAUCUCAUCGGUUUCAGUUCAGAAAUGAAUAACAUCCUCCACAACUUGAACAGCACUCACAACACUGGUGCGCAGAUCCGUCACGACUUGACCGACUCCUAUGAAAUGAAGUAUUGGGAUAACCCGACGUCGGUCACUGUUGCUGCUAACAAUAAGUACGUGAACAAUCAAGGAUGGCCUGAGGAUGAUCAUGAAGAUUGGGAGGCCAGAAGAAUUCAGGUAACGGGUCUCGACGGACUGAAUUGGACUGGUCUUUCGGUGAUUUCAGUUGUGGAGUGAGAUGGUGUUUAUCGGUCCAACCCUAAGGGACGCUCAAUACUUCCAAUACAUGAAAAACAAUGUGUACUUGUACUCGCUCGAUUGGCUCAGCCCCGAAGGUAUUAGGAACCGAGAUUAUUCAUAAAUUUCGGCUGAAAGUCUGCACCAAACUCAUUUCCAGCCCUUCCUCAAGUCACCAACCCCAAGUUCCGUGGGUGCGAACACACUUGGGAGCUACAGUACAUCUUCUCGACCUCCUGCAACGGAUUCACGUGCACCGACCAGGAUGAGAUCCUCCGCAAUUAUUUCACCACUACUUGGCUAAACUUUAUCAUUGGAGGGUACGUGAAUUUCGAAAGAAUAUGUGACGGGAAUGGAAUUUCAGAAACCCGACACCGGCUGGAAGUUCUCUGCCUUUCAAGUGGCUCGCUAUGGACAAAACUAACAGAUUCCUUUCGUUCAGUCCAAAUCCAAAAAUGCAAGCCGACUAUCAUCCGGAUUCCACUUUCUGGUCAUGUACCGCACCAACUAUUGACGGGUACAAAGGUCCAUUCUGCUAA